CGCCCGGGGAAGGUUUAUUCAUUGGCCAGCGCUUGCCCGGGACGGAAGCCGUGUUGUGCUGUGGGUAACGAAACUAGCGGAAAAGGUUUUAGACAACGCACGACGUGUGAAGCGUGUUCGUCGCGUCACAGUGACUUGGAAAAAAGGGUUUGCCACCUUUCACGCGUGUACGGUGGUCGCGACAAGCAGUGUGUAAAACGUGCAUGUGCUGGGUGCCAAAGAAAAACGGAAUCCCAAGACGCGAACAAAGAACAACAAAUCUAAUCAAAGUGAAAAUCCUUGUUCUGGAAAACUACCCGAACAAAUUAUAAAACUAUUAGCGAGUGAGAGUGUGUGUGUGCGUGUCAGAGUUCUGGUGAAAACGCUGCUGGGAAAACACGUUUGAGAUCCACGCAGAAAGCAAAAAGGCACCGGGUCGGAACGUGCUAGACACAGCGACAAACCUUCCCUGCAAAGAUUGAAAAGGUGGAAAUUAAUUUUCACGUGUGAACGUGUGCUGUACGUGUGUAGCAUUGUGGAAGCGGAAUUCUGUGAGCGCGGCCGGAAAAACCAACUACCGGGUUCCUUGACAUCCACAGGCAAGACGAACGUGCGUUGCGAGUGACGAAGAACAAAAAAUAAACCACGAUGCGAUCCUUGUGGUUGUUUCUACUGGUGGCAGCGCCACUGGUACUGGCGGAGGAUAAGCUUAAAAAGCCCAACCCCGCCGUAGCGCCAGCGGUGGCCUCCACGUCCAAGAUCGCCGACAGCGUCGCCAGCCCCAGCGUGACCGAGUACAAAAAGACGCUCAUCCGCAAGCCGAAGCGUUCGAACGGUGAGAUUCCGCUGCUGAUCAUCCGUCCGGUGGACAAGCGGCGCAAGAUCUACUUCAAGGAGCCGACGGUGAAGAUCGCGUCCGGCGGUGUGGCCACGUAUGGCACCUAUCCUGAGCUUCAUACGAACGACGGUGAGAUGUUUACGCUCGAGCACAUGCUGCCGAUCCUCAGCCUGGAGGGCAUGCUGAAAGGGUUCUCCAAGCACGGUCCGAACCACUUCGUACCCUCGCCACAGUUCAAACCGUCCGACAUCCAUCACCUGGUGGCGCCCCAGAAGACGAAGGAAGAGUAUCACCAUCAGCUCGCGCCGCUAAAACCGAGCCAGCUGCUGUCGAUCUCGCACAAACCGGCCGAGGCCGUGCCGGCCCAGACGCUACCAUCGCCGCCGCCCCCGAACUACGUACCGGCCGUAAAUUCUGAAGAUCAGCUACUGAAACUUGGUCAACCACAGCCUUCCUUUUCGCCCCUGGUACAGGACAAGCCGGCGUUCGUCAAGCCCGAGCAGCUGCCCGCCAGCUUCAACUUCAAGGUGCAGGAGGAGGUCGGCCACUACAAGGUGAACGCGAUCCCGCUGUCGAAGCCGCCGGCGGCGUCCGAGCCGCAGCACCACCAUCAGCACCACCAUCCGGCCCAUCAGCAGCACCAUCACUACGGGCAGCCGACGGCCGGGGGCGCCACCAGCUACGUCGGCAGCCAGCAGGGUAAGUCGCCCCAGCCGCCCCAAUCGCAGCCGCUCUACAUCCAUGCAGCGCCACCGGCCACCGACCACCACGCGUCCAGCAGUGGCAGCAAGUGGCAGGAGGUCGUCCCGAAGAAGUCCCCGCAGGUGUCCGUGUCCACCAACUUUUACCAUCCGAAAACGAUCGUCACCGAGCAGGACCAGUCGCAGCACACGAAAGCGUACGCGCAGGCCCAACAAGCGGUAGCAGCACCGCCGUCCCAACAACAGCCAACCGUGCAGACGCAUCUGAGCUACUACUUCCCGAAGGAAGAGUCGGCACCGCAGUCGGCCCCGGUCGCCCACCACCAGCACGGCCAGCAGUCGGCGACGUCGUACAGCAAUGUGCAGGCGAGCGGUAGUGCACCGACCGGCGACCAUCUUGCCGACACGCCCGCCGAAAAGCCCAUCCACAAGACGUACAGCUCGCACAUUAAGCAGAAGUACCAGAAGCAGCACCAUCAGCAGCCGCACGUCUUCAUCCAGAAGUACUUCGAGUUCCCGUCCAAGCCCGGUACGCACCAGAAGAACGUCGUGAGCGAGUUCCACGGUUCGCACGGUAACGAGACGUCCGACCAUCAGCAUCUGCCCGAGCCGCAGGCCUACGCCGCUCCCCAGUAUCUGCCACUGCCCCAACCACAGGCCCUUCAUCAGCCACAGCACGCGGUCAAUGGCGGUCCGGGGGCGCAAACGCUUCACCUGCAGCUGCACCACCCUGUACAUCAUCCGGUGCACCAUCCGAUGCAUCACGGUGGACCUGCUCAAAGCUACUGGAAGUUUGGGCGUCGCAACCAGGACACGGCCCAGGCAGUCAAACCAGUGGUAGAGCACACGAACGAGCCGGACCAUCACGAUAGCCAGCAUGCCGGUUCGGUGCUGCGCCCGGUCAAGCACACGACAGUGACCAUCGGAACAAGCACGGAGUCGGCGCCAUCCACCGGCAAGGACAGCAAGGACGGACAGCCCCAAGCUCAGGAUCGUAUCGAUCAGGGUGCGCAGACGACCAACAGCACUGCCAGUGCGUCCACCAGUGCGCCGACCCGAACGCCCAAGCAGAUCCAGCACGGCUGCGAACGGCGCUGCAUUCGCAACACGGUCGCCCAGGCGUACGAGCCCGUGUGCGGCACGGACGGUGUGACCUACUCGAACCGGGGCAAGCUGCGCUGUGCCCGAACGUGCGGUAAUGACGAUCUCGAGAUACGAUCGUACGGCGAAUGUUCCACGACCUCGCGGAACGCAUAAUUGACCUGUGCCUGGCACAAACGGGCCCACAGCAGAUAGUUUCAUUUCCGCUUUCACUCAUUCACUCAGGCUGCCGGCAGUAGUAGUAGUUACCCUCGAUUAUGGAGUGUGGAACGGAAAUGAUGCUGCCAACAACACACACCAGCGGUGGGGCAUGGUAAUCUCUUAAACGGUGAAACAAUAUCGAUUGCCGCCUGAUCCAUUGCCGUGUUCAUCUUUCCUGGGGUUUUUUCCUCCUCCCGCCGUAAAUUGUUUAAACAUCGAUCGGGAAAAUUCGAUCGCUUCGAGCGCGGGCAACCUGAGAGCUGAGUGAUUGGGUGGAGAGUGAGAGAGAGAGUUACCUGUUUUGAUCCAAUUGGCGAUCAGGGAAAGAAGAAAACGUAAUUAGUGAUUUAUUUAUUUAUUGGAUUCCUCACCUCGGGAACCGUUGCUUUGUUACCGGGUUUUCUCUUCUUUUGGUUUUCUUUUGUUUUUGUUUUUUACAAUCAAUUCAUUUGCAGUCGAAUCGACUCGAACACACCUACACAUCUACAGACAUAUACACACACAUCUACAGACAGACACGCUUAGAUAUGUAAGAUUAUUUUAAUUUCCUUGCGCAAUCUCUUUCAUGUGGUUGGCAGGAGGCAGUGGAGUAGACGUGCGGAUGAAUAAAAUGGUGAUGAUGAUUAAUAAUAAAACUUAGAAAGAA